GUGAUUACGAUCAAACUAUUGUAUUUUGCGUGACUUUUCUAUGAAAGUUGAGAUGUAAUAUGUUAGUUAUUCGAUAAAUGAGUGAUUUCCUAUUCAAGCAGGCAUCACUCAAACAUUUGGGAAUACUUCGUAGCCCAUAUUUCCAUAGCUGAGCUGAGUGGCGAGAUCGUGAUCAGAUCACUGAACAGUGAACACAUCGGACGAAUUUAUAGAAAACCACGAUGGACAUCACGGACAUCUUUCGAGCUUAUGUAAAAAAUGAAAAAUUACGUCGCAGCUUGACCAGAUCAGAUAAAGGAACACCGCCGCUAAAAUUUAAAAAUAAACGGGACGAAUUCAAUUCGAAAUCUUUAGACGUGGUUUAUCAUAUAACAAAAUUACGAGAUUACUUAUUAGAACAUAAAACACAGUAUUGUAAUAUUAACGCAUCAUCUAGUAUUGGACCAAGUAUGACUGAUAUAGAGAGAGAAAAGGUCGAUGCCGCAGCGCGUAAUAUCAUAAAGAAUUGUUCAACGUUACUGAAAGAUUUAGCUGUAUUUAUCAAAGCUAAUCCAAAUCCGGCUCAGUUAUACGAACAUAGAAAAGGUGUCCUAGAUGUGGUAGAAAAUUAUUUGAAGUCUGUGUGUAAAAUGUACUCUGAUUUGAAAGAAGUUUACGCCGAACGACAAUCUGCCUACAACUCUAUGAUGAAAGUCAAGUCCCCUCAGUCGAGUAAUAACAAAAUUUCGGAUCCCGUGAAUCGCGAAGAAAAGUCUCGACCUUCUAGUUACAAAUCAGGUGUUAACGAGGAUAGUUAUAACACCUACCCUCAUUCUUUUAUCGAAGAAUUAACCGAAGAAGAACUUCAAAUGUUCGAAGUUGAAAAUGAAGAUCUGAUCAACGAAUUGAAUAGUCUGAAAGGGGAAGUCAAAGCUAUAGAAAAGAAAGUAACUCACAUUGCUGGGUUACAAGGAACGUUUACCGAAAUGGUUAUGAACCAGGAUUUAGAUAUUCAACGAAUUGAUACGACCUUAGUCGGCGCUACCGAAAAUGUCCAAGAUGCCAAUUUAGAAUUACGUAAAGCUGUUCAAAAUAAUGCUAGUUUCCGGGUUUAUUUAUUAUUUUUUAUAAUGAUGUUAUCUUUUACAUUAUUGUUUUUAAAUUGGUAUAAUGAUUAAUUCACUAUUAUGUGUAGUUAACAUUCCUUUCGAGCUCUUUCAAGUACCUAUGAAUAAUUUUUUUCAAUUACCUACCUAAUGUUUGUAACGGGAUAAUUACAGUGUUAUAAUUUUCA